UUCACUCCUCACCCAAACCGUUGAGCUUCACCUAAUAUAAAUACAUAUAAAUACUGGAAUGCAGCGAACCGCUUUCAAUCAUACUAUGAAACCACAGCAGCUUGCAGAUUCCAUAGAGUAGAAACCCCAAGAGGUUGAAAUAUCUGAAGAAAGUUAGACCCCACAAAGCAUAUAGUAGCAGUUAAGAGCUUUGAUUUGAAGCUAUGGCAGAUGAAUUUCAGAAUACUGGGAACUGGUGGGACUCAUCCUCAACCUCAAGAAACAGGUUUGAAACCGGUGCAUCGCCACCAUCUUCAAGCCUCAAUAGCUUGGGAAGCUUUGGAUGGCAACCAGACAUGAUUGAAAUCAAGGCAAGGUCUUCUAUGGAUUCCGGGUCGGUCUCCGGUACUUCUUCAAUGGUCUUCCAUGAUCCUCAGAAGCUGCAAGGGUCUGAUUCUUCCAGUGGAGGCGACCCUAGCUUGCACAUGAUGGGUUUAGGGCUUAACUCUCAGGCGACAGAUUGGAACCAAGCCAUAUUUCGGGGUGAGAAGGCCGACCCCAGUUUUCGUUCAAUAUUACAAGACAACAUGAACUCCAACGCAAACUUUCAGCAAGAAACACACGAUCAGCAACAACUCCAGUGGAGAGACAAGUUGUUUACUGCCAGCUCCGCCGAAAUGAGCCGGGGUUUUUCUUUAGACCAAACGCAGUUUAGUCCUCAAUAUAGCUCCGGCGAAAGCACAGUGACAUGUCAAGGCAUGCCCACUAGUUUUCAAAUGGAUUCAGCAGCUUUAUACGGGACCAGUCCAACAACCAUAUUACAAGGACUGCUGGGAUCACCUCAUGAUCAUAAUCAGCCACAACCGCCUUCAACCUCUAUCAUUUUUCCAUAUCAAGCAAGUUAUGGCAUUAACUCGACUGAACUAUUGCCUUCUUGGUCUAACAAAGUCCCUCAGUUUCUAAGAACAUCACCUCCAAAACACCCUUCUAACAGUCCUCAUAGCCAUUUGCAAUUUUCUAAUAACGCUCCCUUUUGGAAUGCACCUCAUGAGGCAGCCAUGAAAGAUGUCCGGCCGACCUUUUUCCCGUCAUUGCAACCACAAUUUCCCACGGCACGCUUCGAUGAGAAACCAAAGAAUAUAUCUGAAGUUCAUCAGGAUUCUGGUGCGAUGGUGAAGAAAAGUGGGAGUGAAGCAGCAUCCAAAAGGCCUCGAAAUGAAACGUCAUCAACUUUGCCAGCUUUUAAGGUGAGGAAAGAGAAGAUGGGGGACAGAAUCACUGCACUCCAACAAUUGGUUUCGCCUUUCGGAAAGACUGAUACAGCCUCAGUUCUCUCUGAAGCCAUUGAAUAUAUCAAGUUCCUCCAUGAACAAGUUUCCGUUUUAAGCAACCCAUACAUGAAAAGUGGAGCUGCCAUACAACACCAGCAGAAAUCUGAUAAAUCUAAAGACCUUGAAGGUCCCAAACAUGACCUAAGAAGCCGUGGACUAUGUUUGGUUCCAGUUUCGAGCACCUUCCCGGCCGCACAUGAGACAACAGUUGAUUUUUGGACGCCUACAUUUGGAGGAACAUUCAGAUAAAGAAAAAUGGUAGAAAACUUUACAUUUGUUCUCUGCACUGCAACUAGUAUUAAUCAUGUAAAUGUCUCUUAUCAAAACCCUAGACAAGUUGGGAACGAUAAGAUCAGCAGGAAACUACAGAAAUGCCCACAUGUCUGUUCUGGUCCGGGAUGGAAAGAAAAGGCAAUUAAUGAUGGACGACCCUCCAAAGGACUUAUGCCAUUGUUGUUGCGCAAAGCUUACAGGCAAAAUGAUGCAGGUUUGGCCAAUUAUGGGACCAAUGGGAGCAUAUUAAUUGUUGUAAUAAUCCAAGGAUUAUAUGAUUAGAGAGGUGGAUUAAGAAUAAGAACAGAUGCUGAAUUUAGGGAAAGUAGUACUUUCUGAUUAGUUUAGAGAGAGAAAUUAAUUUGUUGUUAUAGCAGCUGAGUUUAAUACAAGGAUCAUAAAAAGGAGCUUUUUAUUUAGGAAUUAA